GGCUGGCGACUGGCGUCGGCAAGUGGGCCUGGAGCUAACGCCGAUCGAAAAAGUUCCAGGGCUCGCAUGCUGCACUUCUCACAACUCCACAGCUCCACACAACACAAUGGCGCCUUCGAAACCAAGCAGCAAGGGAAAGAGCGGGCCCAAGGGAAAAAGCGCCGGUGCGAAACCCAAGUCGGCCGGGAAGAAACCAGAAGGCAUUUCCAAGAACCAGCAGAAGAAACUCUCGCUCGCAAAACCCGGCGGCGAGCAGAAGUCGAAAUCAAACAAGAAGAAUGCGAACCGCAAGAAAAAGCGCGUCUACACAGAGGCCGAGCUCGACAUUCCCAAGCUGAACUCGAUCGUGCCGGCGGGCAUUGCGAAGCCAAAGGGCCAGAAGAAGGGCAAAAUCUUUGUCGACGACCCCGCGAGCAUGAUGGCGAUUAUGAGCGUCGUGAAUGCGCAGAAGGAGGGGCAUAUUGAGAGCAAGAUCAUGCGCGCCCGGCAGCUGGAGGAGAUCCGGGAGGCGAAGAGGAAGGAGGCUGAGGGGCGGGCGGACGAGAAGAAGGCCGAUUUCGAGGAGAGGAAACAGAGCCUCAAGAAGAAGCGCAAGCGCAACUCCGAGCCUGCGCGCACCGACGACGCCGACACCGAGUCGCCCAAGAAAAACACCAAGAAGGACGGCAAGUUCAAGCCCAAGAAGAGGGUUAGUUUUGGUUGAAGGGGAAGCUGGCUGGUCUAAGAGUCUACCGUGUCUACAUGUCUAUGAUACCCGUGUCCGCGUAAUGCAAGUCUUUAUCGCCGUCUAUGCGUCCGGC